AAGUAUUCCAAGGCCAAGCUUGGCCAGGGUAGAUAAAUCCCUGCUUUCCCAGGCGCUUCAAACAACAUCCAUUCAUUCCUUUCCAGAGUCCAGAGCUUUUGUCACGAGACUCGAGUGUUCUCCUGCAGUCAUGCCUCUGGUGCUGUGUGUUGUCGCUGUUUUGUUCGGGUGUCCUCUCGGAGAGAUGUUUGUUCUGCAUCCUUCACCUGAGGCAUCUGCUGUCAAAGCCAACAGAUGCAAGGGAGAACUGGAAAUCAGGAAAAUCCUUCUGGAAUCCCUAAACCUCCAGCAAGAGCCUCGUGUGUCCAUGUCGAAGAUGCAUCAUUUACGUGAGCAGUGGAAAGCCAGUUUCAGAAGCAGCCUCACAUCAGCACCAGCAGGUAACGCAACGUUUCCCGAGGACUCCAGAAACUCCAGCUGCUGCAAACAUUUCUGUCAGAUCUUCAUUAAAGAUCUGGGCUGGGAGCACUGGGUGGUUUAUCCAGAGAGCAUCACCUUCGUCAAGUGCCAAUCCUGCGCUUCUGAGAGCACAGACGCACCUGCACAGUGCUGCCUGCCGACCGCUCACGUCCUCGUCCCAUUCGUCUACAUGGACGACUGGAGCGGUGUGGUUCUGUCCUCCGUGAGUCUGAUCCGUGAGUGCGGCUGUGACCCUGGAGAGGAAACACAGAACCCAGAGGUCAUGACCCCGUCCUAGAAAGCCUCCCUGACCCGCAGGUCUGCUGACACAGAGCCACAGAAGUGCAGUAGAGAAGCACAGCUUUUUGGAUUCGUAGGUUUAUAGCUAAGCAAACUUAUUUAGCAUCUUUUGACUUUUGCUGCUGUUGGGAGUCAGACUCUCAGACUCUUGUGGGCUGUAAGUAAAAAGGACUCAUGUAAAGUUCUCAGAAGAGGCAAAAAUGUUCUCAUCAAAUAACAAAAAUGUUAUUUGACUUUCACAGAAAAGCACAAUGGACCUUCUGUUAUAAAUCAGUUCAAGGCCAAAUCUGUUUUUAACUUCAGGCUUUUAUGGGGCUGCGGCUGCAGCGGCCAGCGAAUGUUCCCUGAGAAAAUGCUGUCGAGCAGCUCUGCCAAAACUUCCCUGUGCGAAUCUGAGGACCAAACAAAGUAUUCCAUCAGAAAUCACCUUCCUUUAAAUCAAAUUCUAACGUCAAUUAUUCCUCUAAGGCAGUGUCAGGCGUGAUCGUUAGCAAUAAUGUGAUCUGCGUGUUGAGAAACGCCUGGUCUUGAAGAAUCGAACGCACAUUCCAGCAAAGUUCAUUUUGAUUGUUUGUUUCCAAAAACCAUCUGCUCAUGAAUCAGCAUAAUUUCAAAUUCAAUGUGGAAACUUUUUUCAACCCAGUAUUAUAUAUAAUUGAUUGUUUCAUAACUUGACUUCCAUGUUGUAGGCUACAUGCCAUUGUAUUAGAAAAUAUCAAAACCAUUUAAUGUAAUCCAGGAAUGGCAAACUAACACUUUCACAAGCAUGUUUAGCUAGUAUUUAACAAGAUGUACUCUUUAAAUCAAAUGUAUCAGCAGAAUGUUUUAUUAAAGAAAGCUUUCAUGGCGUAAA